AUGUCUCACUCCUCCCACACAUAUGGCCCAACCUGCCAUCUCGCUCGGAGUCCAUCCUUCCAAGCUCCCGAAUCCGACGAUGAUGUACCCCCGGUAAAAGCACAAUAUUUCUAUUCUUCGCCUCUACCCAUCGACGAUCCUCUUUCAGUUGUCCCGGUUCCUUCAGGCUCUGACUCGAAAGCCGUCAAGUUCCCCCUUCGACCAUUCUUACCUAUCGAUAAUAAUGCCUUGGAGGAAGCAUGGAUGAGUUUUGGGCCGAAAAAGAGUAAGAAGGGCAAGAAGUCGCAAAAGAAGGGCAAGCCUGACCUUAGUAAAGCUUCCACCCCAGACAGCAUUGAGAGCCAUGCGGGCAAGUCGAAAAAGGAUAAGCCUGAUCAUACUAAAGAUCACACCAAGCACUCUGAUGAUGAAGGAAAACACAAGAAAAAGCCAGAGCAUCACAAACCUUCCUCCAAACACUCCGAGGAUGAGCAUACAGGAAAGCACAAGAAGAAACCAGAACACCCCAGGCCAUCUUCCAAGCACUCUGAGGAUGAAAAUACAGGAAAGUACAAGAAAAAGCCAGAAUAUCCCAAGCAUUCCUCCAAGCACCCCGAGCAUGAACAUACAGGAAAGUCCAAAGCUACUCCUGUGGGCGGAAAUGACUCAGGCCAUCAAAAUCAUGGCAGCGGUUCCGAAGACAAACAUAGCAAGAGACAUGCUCGAGCUGAAGCUACAGCUGCUGCGAAGUCAGCUAAGGCUGCUACAGUUUCAGCCAUAGGAGGGGCAAAGCAAAAAGCCUCGAAUGGCUUCAAGGUAAACAAGUCUUUGGCUGCAGAGAGUUUGCAAAGGAAAGCUGGAAGCGUCGAUGGUAGUAUUGAUUCUGACGGAGAGAGUCACCAUUCGGAAUCAGAAUGUGAAGACUUGGACCACGUCCCUGUGGAGCAAUGUUGCGAUUUCACCCAGGAACCCCAAGACGAGUCCCCAAAAACAGAAUGCUGCGAUUUUACUAAAGAUUCGCAAGCAGACAACUCAUACCCAGGCUGUGACUGCUCAGAUGGCGAUGGGAAAAGAAAGUCCAGAAAGAACAAGUCUUCGGAUCGGGUUACUUUUCAACAGGGGCAAACUGAUGGUACUUCCGAGGAACCACCUAGCAACGAAAUCCCUAACCCAGAGCAGACUCACCAUCUGGUAGAUGCGCCCUUGCCACUACUCCCUUCUCCGAGCGGAAAGGGUAAGAAAAAAGAGGUAUCAGAUUCUUUGGGUCUACCAAAUGAUGCAGGUAUCACUGGCCAACCUUUUGUCAAAUUUCAAGCCAAAUACGAUGGUCAAUCGUAUUCUCCACAAAGAUCCAGUCAUGAUAUGAGCGAACACUGCGAUGAGCUGAACGAUUCUCAGAAAGCCGAGGAGGCCGAAUUUCUGCAGACCGAAUCACUUGAAGUGCUCGGAUGCAAAGCGAAAAAGAUCGCCAAAGAGCAAGCAGACAUCCCGGUAGGUAUAUCCAGACUUCAUUCGGUCAAGAUGCCUGCCUUACAGAUGCUACCAAUUUAUUGGUCUCCUCUAAACGACAUUGCCUCCGUGAUUCGUGGAACUUGGUUCUACAAGGACAUCAUGUAUCCAGUUGAGCCCCAUGUUGCAAAUCAGCUUGAGAAAGGCUUUCGUGAGCUUAGGCCAUGGUCACAAACCUGGAAGGAUGAACUCAACUGUGCAUUGGACGUUGGAGCUGCAGGUGAAGAGAAGAUUGUCUACGAUCUGUGGCCAAAGGACGACGUCUCAAAGAAUGCUUCACGUCCAAAGACUGAAAGCCAUCAUUUAUCAACAAACCCAUACUGUGCAGCCAAAUGUUUCAACGGGGAGGUAGCUGCCGAAGGAACGCUUGAUCUGGAUGACAAGUCGAAUGAAUCGAAGGUCGUUGCAAAAAAGUACUCGUCCGCUCAGGUCAUCUACAAAGAUGCUCACACUGCAUUUAUACUCAAACCUACACUCCAACCAUCGGCAUAUUAUGGUCGGAAACCGCUUCAGAAGAUCAAGAGAGGUAUGAAUGUCGGUAUUUGUUGUGUUCGUGGAUUCGACUGGAAGUCGUGGGAAAAACUGCACCCAUCCAAAAAGUCGCAAAGCACCAAGAAAGCCGUUGAUCUUGCAACGAUAGCCGGUGAUGUAGACGCCUCCAAGAGAACUGCCUGUCCACCAUGCGAGGCUCAGAAGCACCGGCCCAAAGUAAAGGAUCUUGUUUUAGUGGUCCAUGGAAUUGGACAGAAGCUAUCUGAGCGAGUUGAAAGUUUUCAUUUCACUCAUGCCGUCAAUUCGUUCCGCCGUUCCGUCAACAUGGAGCUCGCAAACGAAGGCGUCCAGAAAGUUCUUCGUCCAGAUCUUUGUGGUAUCAUGGUGCUUCCAGUCAACUGGCGCUCAAAUCUAUCAUUUGAGGAUGGAGGACCCAUGAAAGACGACGAUUACAAGCCCUCCGUUCAGUCGGAUUUCACCAUGAAGGACAUCACACCAGACACAAUUCCGGCAGUUCGCAACAUGAUCUCCGAUGUGAUGCUUGAUAUCCCAUUUUACAUGUCUCACCAUAAGCCCAAGAUGAUUCAAGCUGUUAUCACUGAAGCAAACCGGGUCUAUCGGCUAUGGUGUAAGAAUAAUCCCGAGUUUCAUGAUGGCGGCCGAGUGCAUAUGAUUGCGCACUCUCUUGGAAGCGCGAUGGCAGUGGAUAUACUGAGCAAACAGCCGACAUAUGUUCCACAUAUUGAUCCCACGAGCAAGAAAAUCAAUACAAAGCACUUUGAUUUCAAUUGUACAAACUUGUUUCUUGCGGGAAGUCCUGCUGCCUUCUUCCUGCUCUUAGAGAAGGGAAAGCUCCUCCCUCGUAGAGGACGAGGCAAGCCUGGUGUUGAGUACAAUGAUGAUCACGACAAAAGUCUCACUGGCGAACCCGGUAAAUAUGGAUGUAUGGCCGUGGACAAUGUUUACAACAUAAUGAACUACAACGAUCCCAUUGCUUAUCGUCUCAACGCAACCAUUGAUGCCCAGUAUGCCGUCAGCUUGAAGAAUGCGCAAGUUCCAAGCGCUACCACUGGAUUUUUCGAAAGCAUUGGCAAGGCUGUCGUCAGAUCUAUCACUCCUGGCCAUUCCUCUGAUGAACCUGCGGUUGGGCAGGUUGGUAUUAAACCUCCACCUAUGGUACGCUUGCCAUCUCAAUUAGAGAUGGAAGUCCAUGAUUUUACUCGGGAGGAACUCGCAGAGAAGAGAUGCUAUCUUCUGAACGAUAAUGGCCAGGUGGAUUGGUUUCUUUCUUCUGGUGGUGGACCACUCGAAAUCCAGUACAUCAACAUGCUCAGUGCGCACAGCAGUUACUGGCUCAGUCCAGAUUUCGUUCGGAUGAUUGUCACGGAGUGUGGAAGAACGCCUGGCAAAGAUCAUACUCUUCCAAACAUGAGAGUUGUGAAGGUUGGUCACAAGUCAUGA